AUGAUGAUAUCGUGCUGCGGCCAAAGGCCCAAGAAAACUGGAACAGAGAGAUCGCUUUCUGAGCCUGAUGAGGUGGUAUACCCUUUCCAUGUGUUGGAUCGGCCCACGUUGGAUGAGGAACUGGUGACGUGGGUGCUGAGCUUCAACGAUGUGCUGUCUGCAAUUUCAUUACACCAGUCUCUUUGCACACUCCUCGAGAUUGGAGAUUGGAGAAAGCUAGGGGCACGGCUACGAGUAACGGACGAUGGCUCCUUGGAGGCAUAUGCCCCCAUAGGAUUUAGCUCAAGGAUGCCUGCCUGCACGCUCUUCCACGCGAAAUGGUUCAACACCCCUAUAGAAAGUGACCCUGUUGGAAAACACUUUGUUCUCCCAAACAGACGCGCUUUCACUCAGAAAUAUCCGGCAGACUACAGAGAGCAUUUCCUUCCACCUGGAGUUCCGUCGACGGUGCAAGAUCUCGUUGAUGGGAAGUAUUCGCAGCUAGUCCUUCGCAUUUUGUCCUUUCAAGACGCGACCAUCCUUACAGUCUCGUGGCCACGAAACACCAUGGACACUGCUGGCUUCAAAGCCCUCCUGCAGAACUGGUCGCUAUGCAUGGCUGGGCGUGGACAUGAGGUCGCCGAUGUCUAUGGAGCGCAAGAAGAUAUCCUUGAGAAACUCAUCAUCAACGCUCAAGAAAAGCAAAAACUAGACGAGUUCAGGAUGAACAAGAACCUCACAGCCUUGUCACAGGGUAUUUUGCCGAACUGGUGGCGACGACGAAGCCAUAACCCACUGCAAAGCAGGAUGGUGUACAUCCCCAAAGAGAUUUAUGACGACUUCAUGACCGAGAUCCGCGAAGACAUUGCUGACAUACUGGAGGACGAUGAUCAACGACCAGUUACCACCGCUGCAGACAUCAUCCUAGCUUGGAUGACCAAACUGCAGGCAACAGCUGACAUCAAACAAAGGGGUGUCCUGUCCACGAGUAUGGUCAACCUACGAUGUCGCAUCUCCACCCUUCGAGAUCCCUCAGGGGAAUAUCUUCAAACUCUAACGCUACCGGCUUACUCAUAUAUCUCCCCAGACGAAGCUACUGACACGAUUGGCGCAAUGUCUCUCCAGCACAAACACAUCAUGCAUGACCAGACGUCAGAACACCAAAUGCUCGCCUUGGCAAAGCACGUCAUCGACAAGAAGAAACGCGGCAAGAACCCACUGCCCAUCUACUACAAUUCAAGUCUCCCGCGUCUUGAGUUCAACAACUUUUCCCCGCUGCACCUCUUCUCUGCAGCCGACUUUUCGCCUGCUGUCAUUAGCGAGGGAGAAUUCGCACAUCCGCGGUUCAAUCCCCCGGGAACAAUGACGACCGCGUAUUACUUGAUGGAUGCCACCAGUCCUAAUGAGAAUGUAUGUGCCGUGUUGGGGAGGGAUAUCGGGGGCAAUUUUUGGAUGACGUGCCAGUUGGAGCCUGAGGUGUGGGUGAAGGUGGAGGAGGCGUUGUACGAUUUGCAAAAGACUGUGAAUUCGCCUACGUCGGGGCAUUCUAUGCGGUUUUAUGAUUACUCUUCGAGAAGAGUGUCCAUUAGGUCUACGUUUUGA